UUGGGAUCACCGACUGAUUGUCUUCCACUGUCGACCUUUUGCGUGUUCGUGUGCGAAUGAGUUGUUAUUGUUAUCAUACUGCAGCACCUCUCACCCUGACGGGGCUUCUGAGUGCUGGGUCCAUGUAUACCAAGCGGGCCCUGAACGAACUGUCUUCAUUAUUGCUUACCGCAUCUGCGCUUUUUGUUUCGGCCUCGCGCAGGAGAAGAGCGUUGAAGAGCAGAGGAGAAAACCGCUCUGCCUUGGACGGCCACACUACGACCGAUCGUUGAUUUUUGCAGUCCGUUUCCGUACUAAGAUUUGCGCACCAGAGCACCAGGCCUAACUGUAAUCGUACAUGCAAGUAAGUUCUGCGCAGUCAAGUACUGUAGGAAUCAGCGAAAUGAGUGACGUCGAUCGUCCAAAGCCGCAGCCUAUGGCUAUGUCUCGGUACCUGCGACUGCACAGUGGAGGAGGACGAUGGUUGGUGGACAGUGCAGGUCGUGCACAGUUGCUGCUUGGCGCCGGGAUAGACCGAGGUGCAUUCGGCUGCGUGAUGGAAGCAUGGGACUGCGACACGCGUAAGAAGGUGGCAGUGAAGGAGAUAGCCAGGAGAUCGACGUCCACUGAUCCCAGUGCCUUGCGAGAGUAUCGACUUGGCUCUAGCCUGAACCAUCCAGGCAUUGUCCAUUUCCUGUACUGCUGCACAACCAACAGGUCUGUCCUCCUGGUUAUGGAGCUGCUUGAAGGACAUAGUCUAUGUGAGAUACUGCAGGUGUGUGGAGGUCUGGCUGUGAGAGACUCGCUGGACAUCACCCAGCAGCUGAUAGCAGCGAUAUCCUAUUUGCAUGAGCGACAUCUUGUUCACCGUGAUGUAAAGACACGAAAUGUUAUGGUUGGGACCAAUCUGAACUUUGUCAAGCUCAUCGACUUUGGCAUGGCUGAGCGAGUGGUGGAUGGAAGGAUAGAGACAGUGCCAGGCACAGGAAUAAUUAACAUGUGCCAUGCACCAGAGAUUAUCCUGGCCUCGCGUCACUCAUAUUCAGUUGACGUGUUUGGACUGGGCACUGUGUUCUACAGCUGUCUGACAGGGUAUUCCCCUUUCGCCAUGGGAUGUACAACGUAUGCACAGGCACGCACUGCCUAUGCAGCCGGCCCGGAUGAAACACACCAGCAAUGGAAGUCAUUGACUCAGUCCAUGCAGCAUCUGCUCAGGUCUUGUCUGCACUCGAGGCCUGAAUUUCGGCCGAGCUUGGAAACUCUCAAACAGUCCAUCUCGAGGCUGCCCGCAUCAUCCAGUGAUGACGUAGGGACAACGAAACGCUGAUAGCUUCCACACCGUGAACGGCAGGAGGAGCAUAGAGAUUAAUGGGCGGGCUAUCAUUGAGCUUUCCAUGAACAAUGGUGCGCCAUGCUUAAACACAUACUGUUACCUUACUAUUCAUUAUAUUCACAAAACCCAACCAAAUUUAAUCCCAAACCCACCCAAAUUUAAUCCCAAACCCACCCAAAUUUAAUCCCAAACCCACCCAAAUUUAAUCCCAAACCCACCCAAAUUUAAUCCCAAACCCACCCAAAUUUAAUCCCAAACCCACCCAAAUUUAAUCCCAAACCCACCCAAAUUCCACGUGAAUUGCACCAGAGGUUUCUCUGAGCGCCUCUAAGCCACAAAAACGCAUUUUUUAUCCCACGCAACCUGGUUUCCCCCCCCCCCCUUCUUCUGCCUUCGACUCUUUUUCUUUCUUUUCCUUUCGGCCAUCUACAUAGAAUCCACGACGCCGAACUCCUUCUGCGCUGGGUACUAUCAUCAUGGUUUAAUCUUUGUGGUUUCGCACUCAACGCAAAUUUUGAUAAUCAGUUGAUGUGUAAUUCACCCUCACAAAUUCUUUAUGAUCUCAAAGCAUUGCCCACGUCUGUUUUCUUUCCUGGCGGUCAGCAUGUCGGACGAACAGAGCUAUACUGUGCGAGAGAGCGACCUGCAUGGGUGCUUGCA